UCAAAUUAACUGUAACCUUUAUCUGAAAGGUGGCAACGUCUUUCGCAUAACUAUCUAUUAUUCUACAAAUUUUAUUGAAGUAAAAACAAAGAAAUGUCCAGGCCAAAUGCAGAGAAAAGCGUCGAGGGCGCUAGCGUGCCACCUUACACAUUUCAAUAUGACAACAAUGCCUCCAUGCGAGCUCCGCCUCCAUCAUAUGAGCAGAGCCAACAGCAACGACCCAAUUAUGGACAGCUUCCAGAUGGGCCUGGGAUGCAAAUGCACAUUCCUCGAAAUCAGUAUUACGGGAUGACGCAUCAUCAGCAGUUGCCUGCUUUGCAUCAAGGUGCUGGCUAUGGUUUAGUUGGACCCAGCACCUCAUCGGGGGCAGCUGCGUCGCGUGUGUUGAACGUGGAUUCGCGGGCCGAGUUGCGUACCACAUCGUCGGGAGCUGUACUCAUACCACCACCGCCUCCCGGAUGUUUGCCAACUCCGGCACAAUUGGCGGCGAUGCAGGGACAACCUGUCGUCUUGCAGCAAAAGAAACGUUCGUUUUUCUAGACCGAUGAAGUUACCGCAACAUGCAAUUACUCGAAUGCCUCUUAAUUAUUAUAUGCUUUUCAAAUUUAAAUUAAUAAACAUAUAUUAUUCGUCUCGU